CAUUGAUUGAAUUUUGUUUGUCACUAAGCCUCAUUAAAAAACAUCAAAUACAAUUUUAAAUACAUAUUUUUUCAUUGCAGGUUAAGCCAUUUUGAUCCACGCAAAAAAUGGCAAACAUCAAUAGAAAUAUAGACCUAGUUUAUUAUAAUAUAUACUAGUUGGAUAAUUAUGGACAUAAAAAACAAAGCUCAUAGGUUUAAGUGGAAAAAUCUCUGAAAUACUCUCAAGUUUGAACCACACACUGGGCUAAACAUGGAGCCCGUUGUUUUUACUUCAGAAUCAUCUUCAGGAGCUCUGCAGAUGUUCCUUGUUGACGACGCUUGCAAUGCCAGUGCUGCAGGUUGUGCCAGUGAGCUGGAGGUUGCUUUUGACAAGUCGGAAAAGAACUCGCCUCUUAUGUUGCCUGUGGAAAACGUUGACUCACCUUUGACCGACCAGUUGAACCAUGCUGUCGCUGGUGGUGAGUUAAGCACAAGUCGACGUAGCCUUAGGUUGAAAUCUGGCAAGAAAACAAUCAGCUAUAAAGUAGCCUCCGACGAUGAGAGUUUCUCUGAUUUUGACGUAAAAAAUGUCAUAGUCCAGCAACCUGUCAAGCGACCCAGAGGUCGUCCACCAAAAUCUGCUACGUCUACAAAAGACAAGACCCCAAAGAAAACAAAGUCUGGUGAUUUAAAACCUCAUGCUUGUGAUGAGUGCAAUCUUAGGUGUAAAACAGCAGCAAAUUUGAAAGCACACAAGCAAACACAUGUUGUCAUCAAACCAUUUACCUGCACACACUGCGCCUACACAUGUAAACGAAGAUCCGACAUGAAAAAACACGAGGAAACACACGGACCGAAGAGCAUGUACCCCUGUGUGCACUGCGAUUACUCAGGAAAAAGACUGAAGUAUUUAAAAAAGCACAUGAAAAUACACAGCAAAAACAGAGAGACAUCUUUUGCCUGUCAUCUAUGUCAGUACCGAUGUCAUAAUAAGUCGUCGCUGGAUAACCACCUAACCACACAUUCCAAUCUCCGGCCUUAUCAGUGUGCCAAGUGUCAAGAAUCUUUUAAGCAAAAGUGGGCCUUAACCAAACAUAUGGUUAUACAUUCGGAAACUUCGCCUUUCGUCUGUGAUGUGUGUGGCGCCGCAUUCAAAAGGAAAGAUCAUCUGGGGAAACAUAAUCUCAGGCAUCUUGAUGGUAAUAAAACAAGUACGGCUUCUAUCACUAAAUCUGAAUCUUUUGAAAAUAUUUUCCCUGAAAGUAAUGAAGACUUAAUAUUAACAAAUAUUAAAAUAGAAAAUUCUGAUGAUAGUGUAAGUUCAAGUAAAAAGCUGAUAGAUGAAUGUUUAUACUCAUAUAAAAAAGAUCCAUCUGGAAUGUUUAGCUGUUCAACUUGUGACUACUCUUGCAGCACCAGAAAUUCACUACGCAGACAUUUAAGAAAACACUCUGAUUACAAACCUUUUAUUUGCCAGCAAUGCGGGGCAUCAUUUAAAAGAAAAGAUCAUUUAAAAGUCCACAAAUUUACUCACACUGAUAUACGUCCACACAGAUGUCCUCAUUGUUCUUACGGUACACACAGAAAAUACCGCCUUACUCUCCACAUUCUUACCCAUCAAACAGUCAAACCUGUCUCCUGCUCGUUUUGUGAGUACAGGUGCAGAAGAGUAUGCGAGUUAAAAUAUCACAUGAAAAAUAAACACAGUGUUUAUACGGUUCAAGAACCAGAGCUCAAAGAAAAAGUAAGCGCUUCCGGUGUAGAGGAAGUCUUGUACAAGUGUGAUAAGUGCGACUUCAUUUGUGAUUCAUUGAAGAGAUUUAAGUACCAUAUGAUGCGGCAUGAAAAUAAAACUCCUCACACCUGUCCACAUUGCGACUACAGAUGCAGCUCCAGGUCCAGCCUUAGUGACCACUUGUUACAGCACGCCGGCGUCAAGCCCUGUUUAUGCUCAGUGUGCGGGAUGGCUUUUCGCAACACAUCACGGCUUAAUCGGCACAAACUUGUUCAUUCUGACUUCAAACCGUUUGCCUGCGACUUCUGUGAGUUUUCCUCACGUUCCAAGUACAAUCUGAAACAACACAUGCUUAGGCACACAGACAAAGGUAAAAUCCGCAGGAGGGUUAGAAAACCCACAAAACCUCUGGAGAAAGCUGCUCUGAAUUCUGGUGUGACCACAGAAAUACUUAAACAGUCAUACCAACCAGAUAUCCAUACCUUUCUCACUGAUAUGUUCAGGGAAAACAACAACCAAGUAGCUGAACAAUUUAUGCAGAAUCUCGAUAAUUCUACUCUUCCUGGCAUACAAGAAAGACAACCUAGUGGAAAUAAAACUGACCAGCUUAAGCCUAGAGACAUACCCUUGCAUCAACAUAGUCCACAUAUAUUUAGCUCUCUUCACCAGAAUACUAACGGAAACAUAAAACCUUUUCAUUUAGACAGACCUAUCUUACCAGGGGUCGUGAAUGGACCACUUCCAUACCAUGACUUUUACCAUUCAUCGAAUGCAUUUUUAACCCAAACUACCUUACCGUUUAGUGCUGGAAUAAACAUAGGUAACCCUAAUCCAAAUUUUGGAUACAUGGAUAGAAAUGGUGGCUUUGAUUUCACAAACUCGUACUUUUAUAAUGAAACUGUUUUUCCUGGCAACUUGAAUCCAACCAUGUAUGUUGCUCCUUGUACCAACAACUAUUCACUAAGCCCCAUCUCUAUGAAAUCAGCUUUCCAGAACAUAUUGGAUAGUAACAUUCAUGUGCCAACCAAAACACAGCUGAUAGAUCUAGCUUUACAAUCAGUUGAUGAAAACAGGAACAAAAAAGAUGUAAACAAUGAAUUCGAUAGUAUCUCCCUGAACAAAAAAGAAGUAAACAGUAAGUUUAACGGUAUUUCCCUUAGUGAAGAUGCAGACUGUAAAAUCAGGGAAACAAAUUCACAAGCCAAAUUAACUGAUUUGAGUGUAGACAGUGGGGCUUCAACCGCUAAAAGUGACAGCGAAAACCUUUCUAAACCAACUCAUUGUUGUCCGGAGUGUGGCUACAUCUGCCUCACCAAAACCAUGCUUCAAAGGCACCAGACGACCCACAUCGACAUCAAGCCCUACAAGUGUGAGGAUUGUAAUAAAGCUUUCAAACGCAUGGACCACAUGAAGGCUCACAGGCGCACACACACCACCAGCAAACCUUUCACCUGUGAUCUUUGCAGCUACACGUGUAGUAGAAAAUAUCGGCUAAAACUCCAUGAGAAAACUCACAAGGCUGAGUAUCCCACUGGAUCUAACAAUGACCCUGACAAUGGAUUUAAUGAUAGCAAUGAUCAAAGUAACAGUCACUUGAGAUUUACCUGUGAUAAAUGCAACUUCAAAUGUGAUCAAAGGGCUGAAUUAGAAGCUCAUGUAGUCUCUCACAAAAGUUUUCUUUGUGAACUAUGCAGCUACAUCUCCCGGUCUAGUAAGGAGUUCAGCAAUCACAAGAGGAUGCACGCAGAGCAGGCCGAACUCGUGUGUUCCGUCUGCAACUACACCUGCAACUCACAGAAGAGGCUGAGGUACCACAUGGAGCGACACACCAACAAAACGCCGCUCACCUGCCAACACUGCAACUACAGGUGCAGUUCCCGCUCCAGCCUCACAGACCACCUGCUCCAGCACGAGGGACUCAAGCCCUUCCUGUGUGCCGAGUGCGGGAUGAAGUUCAGAAACGUGUCUCGGCUUAACCGGCAUAAGCUCACCCACUCAGACCUGAAGCCUCAUGCGUGCGAGUUCUGCCCGUUCUCGUCUAGGUCUAGGUACAACCUUAAACAACACAUGUCUCGACACUUCAAGUGAUUCAUUGAGCAUUCACUGUAAUGACCGCAGCAAUGGAAAAUACAAGAUUAUAAUAAUCAUGCUUUUUUUUUAAUGAAAACACAUAAAUAGUAUGCUAUUAUUGCUUUUUCAAGUUCUAUAUAGAUAUUAUCACUAUCUAGCUAUCUUUCUAUCUAUUUAUAUCAGUGUGUAUAUAUAUAGAGAGAGAGAGGAGGGACUCUUAAUUUUUUCACAUAAUUUUUUGCCAAGCUUCCUUGAGUCAUUUUUUAAAAUUCUUUUUUAUGUUGCAUAUUCUCAAGCCAAAGCAUUCAAUAUGAUGUUGAAACUUAGUUAGCUAGUAGAUCUAUAAGCAGUCAUCAAAAUAUAGUGUUACUGAUGAAGGUUGAGUUGCAAUCAUAUUAGAGCGGAGUUUCAAUCAUUAUAACACUUAGUAGUUGUUGUUUUUUUAAUUUCAUAAAAUUAAUUGUCUGCACCUCAAAUGAUUAUUUUUGGCAUGUGAUUAGUGACAAGUCUGUGAGUUUAAUGUUGUUGUAUAUUGCAUUUGCUUGUGCAAAUUUUAAAUUUGGUAAAAAUGGCUGUUAUUGAACUAAUUUAUUAUUUCAAUAGAUUAUUUAAUGGGGAAGUUGAUAGAAUUUAUUUUUACAUUAUAUUGAAUAUCUCUGUGUUAUUUUAAACUUCUACAUUUAAAUAUGUGAUUUUCAUAAUUGUGUUUUUUAUUGUACAUUAACAUAUUUGCCAAAGAAACUUCAUUUUUUAUUUUACUCAUAGUUUCAAAUAUUAUUUUUAAUAGUUUACUGCAAUAUAUAUAUACAUGGACAAAUUAUUUUUUGUAAAAAUUAUGAAUUUGUUUUACAUAACUAAAUAAUUUAUGUAAAAAUGUGUAGUUUAAUAUUUAAGUUAACUGUUAAAGGAAUCAUAAUCAAUGUAAAAAUUUUACUUUUAAAAAAAAUUUCAUUGUGUGAUAGUAGAGUUAUCAUUUGCAUUUAACUGGACGGCAGCAGUCUAAAAUUCUAAGCUUUUGAUGUUAAAUGAAAUUUCUAUCUAGACAACUACUUCAUAAAAACUGUAGUCAUAUAAUAUUUUUUGUCACCAAGUCAUAAUAUUAUUUGAAGUCUAUAAUAACUGUGAUUAAUAUGGGGUUUUCA